UCCCCCCCCCCUCCUGUUUCGUAAAACUAAUGUUUUGUAACGUUUUUAUUGGUGAUGUAACAUUUUAGAUGUUAAAUGCGCUUCAAAAUCUAUCCACCGUCAUAUUCACCUUCACUCACUGAGACAAAGCUCAGGAUUCAGCAAUGUGGGCUGCAAAGCUGCUGAUCCUCCUGGUCGGGCUCUGGCACCAGUCUCACUGUCAGAGCAGGGAUCCUAUGUUCCAGGAAGUGACACAGGCCAUCUUUCCUCCUGAUCAGCUGCACAAUCCAACACAGCUCAACUAUGGAAUGGCUGUCACAGACGUGGACGGCGAUGGCGAUCUGGAAGUGGUGGUAGCAGGAUACAAUGGGCCCAACCUGGUGUUAAAGUAUGACCGCACUCAGAAGAAGCUGGUAAACAUCGCAGUGGACGAUAGUAACUCGCCGUACUUCGCUCUGAGGGACGUAGCGGGGAAUGCCAUUGGGGUCACAGCCUGUGAUGUGGACGGAGAUGGACGUGAGGAGAUCUACUUCCUCAACACGAAUAAUGCCUACUCUGGACGGGCGACUUACUUCGACAAGCUCUUCAAGUUCCGUAACGGUCGCUUUGAGGAUCUGCUCAGUGACGAGCUCAAUGUGCGCCGUGGCGUCGCUAACCGCAUGGCGGGGCGUUCUGUGGCGUGUGUUGACAGAAAGGGAACCGGCCGCUACUCGGUCUACGUGGCAAACUACGCCAGCGGCAACAUCGGCCCCCACGCUCUUUUAGAGAUGGAUGAGGCUGCUAGUGAUGUGGCAAACGGCGUCAUUGCCCUGUCUGAUGUUGCUGCCACAGCUGGAGUCAACAAGCUCACAGGUGGACGCGGUGUUGUGGUUGGACCCAUCCUCAGUGAUACAAGGUCUGAUGUUUUUUGUGACAACGAGAGAGGACCCAACUUCCUGUUCAAGAACAAUGGAGACGGGACUUUUGCUGAAGUUGCCAAGCAGACAGGUGUGGAGGACCAGCAUCAACAUGGUAGAGGAGUAGCACUGGCAGAUUUUAACGGCGAUGGAAGGACAGACAUAGUCUACGGCAACUGGAACGGUCCACACAGACUUUACCUACAGGGCAGUGACUCUAAAUUCCGGAAUAUUGCGACUGCAGGAUUUGCAUCUCCCUCCCCAAUUCGCACGGUUAUAGCAGCUGAUUUUGACAAUGACGGACAACUUGAGGUGUUUUUGAACAAUAUUGCCUACAGAGGAAAUGCACCCAACAAGCUCUUCAGAGUUUCAAGAAGAGCCAAUGCUGACCCUUUAAUCCAGGAACUGGAUGUAGGAGACGCCGUGGAGCCUCAAGGCAGAGGAACAGGCGGCACUGUGACAGAUGUGGACGGAGACGGACAGCUGGACCUACUGAUAGCGCACGGAGAGAGCGCGGCACAGCCGGUCUCCGUCUUUAGGGUCACACAGGGCUCGACCAAUAAGUGGCUUCGAGUCGUCCCUCGCACCCAGUUCGGAUCCUACGCGCGGGGUGCCAAAGUAAGAGUCUUCACGAAGCUGAGUGGCGCUCACACGCGCAUCAUUGAUGGAGGCUCUGGGUACCUGUGUGAGAUGGAGCCAGUCGCACACUUCGGUUUAGGAGGCGAUGACGCGACGGUGCUGGAGGUCUCCUGGCCUGACGGUACCACAACCACUCGUGUCCUCCAGCCUGAAGAAAUGAACUCUGUGGUGGAAGUAACGUACCCCAGCGAGGGAGAAAUGUCCACACUUCACAAUGACACCCAGUGUGGUCAAGGCUUUGCUGUGAAGAAUGGCCGCUGCACAGGAAUCUGAAGACUUCAUUUAAACAUUCUCCGAACUUUGCUUAAAGCCAAGCCUUUUUUUUUUUCUUUUACUCUAUGAGUAUUAUUUUGUACUUGACAAUUUCACAGGUCACCUAAUGUUACAAGUUUUAUUUUCAUUGUGCGAACUCCUGAAAUUAAAUGUUAACAGUUUUCUGAUUGCGACUGACUAAGUAACAAGCCAUAUUCUCUAUAAGUGAUUGAUUGACAACUCGUGUAUGUGUACCUUUUGUAUUUUCCCGCCACCAUCCAAUCUGUAGCACCAGCUUCAUUGUUGGCCAACUCCAGCUCCAGGUUUGAGGCCUCCAAUUUUCAGAUGCUUUCAUUAGUAUUUUAUCUAAAUUGGCAGAGAAGUGACUAGUUAAGCAGCAGUAUUGCAAUUAGACAUUUUUACAGCAUUGUUGCAUGUUUUGAUCAUGUGUCUCCUGAAUGAAGCCCUACUUUGUGCAUCUUGCAGUCUGCAUACAAUCAUAUUGGAAAGAAGUGAACUGAAUGCAUGAUACCGCAGUCCUUGAUGCAAGGCAAAGCUAAUACAAGAUGUGCAUGCACAACAUUUGAUUUUUUUUCUUUCAGCACAAAAUUGAUGACAAGAUGCUCCUUACAGUGUUUUAGUAUUAUGUCCAUCUUUUUUUCUCCGCUAUUUCCUGUUCAUUUUUACUAGCCGCUGUUGACUAAUAGCAAACGAUAACAUUAUGUAAAUAAAGACUCUUGAAUGCA